CUUUUCAUGUCUUGUUCUGAGCUGUACGAACAGCUGCGCCCCGCAAGGAUCUCUUAUGAUGGAUUAGGCCUUGUAAGAAUGCGAGAUUAGGGAGAGGCUUCUGACCGUAGGAUUCUCGGGCAUCCAUCUUUGCAGUUCUUGGCAUAAAUCAUUCAGUUAGCAUCUUCUUCCAGUGUUCUCUGAGCCUCAUCAGCUCACCAUCGGUCUUACCUCUGUAUCUCAUUUUGCAUUCUCUCAGUUUUUGCAGUCAUUUUCCUUGCCAAGAGAUUUCUGUUCCUGUUGUGUCCCCAUUGUCUGUCCCAUCCUCUCCUGGGUCACGGGUGUCUACACACUUGUAUUGGACCUGCUCUGCCCUGCCGCAUAGCUUGGUGCAAUAGGAGAAGUCCCGUGGACUUGAAGUUUGUUAUGUGGGCUGUAGUUGGACUGUAGAUGGACACAAGAUAUCUGGAGCUCUUGAGUUAUCCUGCAGCCCUUUGACUUUUGUCCUAACUUUCUUUUAGAUGUAGAAGGAUAAAAUCCAGGGCAGAGCACCCCAUCCUGAGUGAGGGAGUUCCCCUGAGCAGGAAGUCAAGGCAGAGAGCAGCUGUCAAGGCCGAGUGGGCAAGGUGGUCCACUUGCCAUCUAUCCUGGCCGAGCAUGCCCAUACCAGGUGCUGUCGCUGCCCUAGGCAUGCCAAGGAACAGAGGAGGACAGGUGUCUUCUGGGCGGCCUCCAGAGUCAAAUCAAGAUUUGAGGUACCCUGAGGAGGCUUGUAGUCAAAGUUUGGAAAUGGCAGCGCUGAAGCACACGUGGAGAACAUCUCAAUGUCCACGUCCGACCGAGGGUGGAUUUUGUCCGCUCCUCUUCCAAAAGGUCCCCGAGGCUACCGAUUUCCCCAGAAUCUACCACUUGACGUCAAGGAGCGGCAGGCAGAAGAUGUGUCGAAGCACGUUCUUCAGCGUCUUGAGUAAGGCCUGCAGUGAGUGUGUUUUUCAACUCAUUUUUAAAUUUAGAAUAAAAAAUCCCCAGCCGGGGGGUUUUUUCUCCCCCCCCCCCCGGCUGGGUUUGUUUUCCUCGGUCCCGGUCGGUCUGCGAGGCGAUGUCCACCCGCACGGCACAGGCUGCAGCCGCCCCUCCAGCCCACACUCCUGCCAGUGCCGUCCCUGCUCGCCGGGCCAGCAACCACCCCAGCUCCAAGCGGCGGCAGGCUGCGCUCCAAGACUCCCGCCACCCCCCCGGGAUCAUCCCACGCUGACGAGGCCGCCCCGCCACCGCCCGUGGUCGCUUUCCCGCUUCUGCUGCCGCUGCUCCAUGGCGGGCCGAGCUGCGCCUUCCCCAGCGCAGCCUCCCACUUCAGAGCUGCUGGAUGGUGCAGCUCUGCCGCCUCCUCAAACCACGGACGUCCCGUCGUUCUCUUCCACGUCCGCAGCCGCAGCCCCGUCCCCGCAACACCGCCGCCUCCCGCACUCCCCGCCAGCCCGCCCCGCGGCCCUCCGCCCGCCCAAGGCACAGAACGAGUCCCACUGCCCUGGACAGCAGCGCAGCGCUUCCUCCAAGCCCUUUCCACACGUACAUCGCCCCAGAAAGGGAUUCUGCUGCAACAAGAAAGGGGGGGCAGCCCCCAGAAGGGUUGAGGUUCCUCCCCAGCCUCGCUGUCACGGGCCGGGGGCAGCGAGAGGGCGCGGCAGAGACGGCGGGGCCGGCACGGCACAGAGCGGGGGCCGCUCUCAGCGCCAUGCCGGGAAAGCCGCAGCUCCGGCCGUGUCGGGCGGGCUGUUUGACCGGCACGGGGCGAUCCGCCGAGAGCCUCCGGCCCCGUGCGGGGACUCCUGCCAGGGCCGAGCGGCGCCAGGCUCCGGGCCUCGCUCGGGGCUUUAUUCUCUGGCACCCCGAGCCCCGCCGCUGCGGGGCAAAGUAGGAAAGGGGGCACGGGAAGAGAGCAGCGAGAGCAGGGCAUGA